CCUGAGGGGAGCCGCGGAUCGGGAUCGGCGUCCUCAGGGACACGGGCACCGCCCCCCGCUGGGGCCUGAGGGGAACCGCGGGAUCGGCGUCCUCAGGGACACGGGCACCGCCACCCGCUGCGGGACAUGGGUCCAAAACCAAACAACAAGUCCAGUGGCAAAAGUGGAAAAUCGAAGAAAGGAAAGGAAGGGAAGCAGAAAGAUGAAGCCGAAUUACGAGCUGAACAAGAAGAAGCAGAAAGACUUGAAAAGGAGAGACUAUAUCAACAGCACUUGGAAAAGCUAGAGGCAAAGUAUCAAAGAGAGAGGGAGUCUGAACUAGCAGAACUGAACUCACUGAAACAGAAGUUUCUCUCUGCACAGCAGUGGAAAAUGGAUUACAAAGAACAAGCCAAGUGGGAGCGUUACCUCAGCUGUGAUGGGACUCCUGACCCCACUGUACCUCAGGAAAUCAACACUUUCAUGAGCUUGUGGCGUGACCACCAAGAGGAGGAUGUUCAGCUUGUGAUGGAGAAGGAGGAAGUGGUCCUAAAUUUGAUUGAGAAGUUGGAGUUUCAUCUAUUGGAGGCUUCACCAGAUGAGAUCACAGAAGAACAACGAAACCAGUACCAGGAAUUUAUUUUGCAAUUGCAGGAUCUGCUUCAUCAGAAGUACAACGAGGCUACUCUGAACCUGCUCAAAACAGCUAGUAUGUAUGAAGAUCCUGAAACUGGGAAUAUGCACACAGUCAUAAAGGAUAAAAAUACCACUUUCUGUAUUUGGGUCAAUCUGAAGAAGAAAGCAAGGUUCAAGAGCCACGUGUUCCAGGAGGCAGGGCACAGCUUUGACCUGCCCAAAUCCCUGGCUCUGAGCGGCGUGGCCGUUCGCCUGCUGCACACCCGCUACGACCACGUGUCUCCCCUGUGGGUGCAGUGCCAGGGGCUGCCAAGGCAGGAGGCCUCAGACAGCGAGGACUCAGCUGAGCAUCCAAAAGACACUGGGCAAGGACCAGGACAAGAGGAGGAGAAAGGCAGGGAAGAGCUCAGCGUGCCUGCUGCGGAGGAAACGUGUUCUGAGGGCAGAAAGAGUGCUGCCUCACUGAAAGAAAACAGCAGUAACACGGAUGAUACAAAAGACACUGAGGAGGCAACUGAGAAGAAUUCAGACAUUUUGGAUGCGGCAUCACAAGACGAGGACGCCGCGCCGCAGGAGGAGGCAGGAGGCGGGGAAGAGGCGGCACAAGCCGUCGAUUUGCAGCAGCUGGCGCCCCUGGGCGGCGUGUACCGCAUCGAGGCCCUGCAGCCGCCGCCCCGGGCCCGGCGCGUCGGGGACUGGAGCGCGGUGGAGCUGCUGGAUGUUGGAUUGGAGGUGUAUCCAUAUUCCCCAGAAGAAGCCGAAGAUGGUACACAGGCAGCAGUACAGAUCACCUUGAGGCUCCCUGAUAAUGUGAUUUAUUUUCAAGUGCCUGUGAUUGCCCGAUGGGAUCCUGAAGGCCAGCAGUGGAGAACUGAUGGCAUCAGCAACAUAACUUACGAAGCAGAAGAAAAGAGCAUCACCUUUGGGAUGGGUGCCUUUUACACAGUAGCUCUGCUCCAGGAUGCUCACCUGAACCUGCCCUAUCAGGCCUGGGAAUUGCACCCAACUGGUGUGGAUGAAGGACUCUUCACAGUUACUGCAGCCUUUGCAACCAUUCAGAUACAAAUUAAGGAUAAUCAGUGUAUGUUGUCUUCAGUAGUGGUGGAAGAGGAGGAGGUGCUUUCCCACAUCACAGGAAAAUGGAUGAGUCCUUUUGCCCUCAGAGAAGCUCUGAAAAGAGCUGGAGUGAACAUUUUCCCAGCAGACUACUCUCCCAAGUAUGUCCCUGUGCCCACAAAGGCUGCCCUGGCAGAAGUGAAGGCCUAUGAACAGAUGGCUCUGCUUGCAGCUGCUUUUGCUUUUGCUCACAGCAAGUGGAAUGGAGAAGCAGGACCAGAGCAGGUUGUGUUCAAGGUAAGUGAACAUCUUACAGCAGGCUCUGCCAAAGACAACGACUGGUCUCUUUAUGUGUUCAGUGGUGAGAAAGUACAAAACCUCCAGCUCACUGAAACCAGUGAAGCUUUUUCAGAAGAGCUGGGAGAAGAGUCUGAAUUUCACUCCACACUCUACCAUAUGCUCAAGGAUUCUGCCAGCAACGAAGCCAUGGAUAAAGUGGAAAGAGCUGGCUUCUUGUUUAUUGAUUCUGUGUAUCAGCUGCUCCUUGCUACCAGAGUUUUAGCAUACUCUUAGAUACUGCAUGCUUUCCUUUAAAACUUUAUUAUCAAAAGCUUUCAAUAAAGUUACAUU